GGACACUUGACCAUACUUCAUUGCUGAUUGGAGCAAUGAAAGUGUCCUGUGUUGUAUUGUGGAACGCUGUGAAGCCUCCACGUAUUUUGGGCCAUAAACAUUAUCAUCCAUAAAAACUCGGAGGAGGGAAAAAAUCUGAGACACAUCUUGCCACCAUGAGCUUCAGUCAAUUUCUCCAAACGUUUGGCGUUCUACUUCUGAUCUGCUUGGCUGGUUUGAUUGACAGGUCAGCAGGCCAAAUGUCUCUUAAUAAAUCUCCAGAACCUGUUGAUGCUGCUGCAGCUGCUGUCACGGGGAUUCAAUGUUUUGUUGGUGGUGAGUGCCUCGACUCAUUGAUUGUAGAUGUUACACCCACCAACACAUCCUCCAUGUGUUUGCACCAUUGCCAGCAAACCCGGGGCUGCGAAUGGUUCACGUACUACAAGGACACAAAGUUGUGCGCUUCCCUCUCGGUGUGCUUGCGCCUUAACCAAACCAUCUGCGGGGACAAUUGCGUGAGUGGCGAGGACGAAUGUCCCGAGUUCUAUUGUGGCGUCAAGGGCAAGUGUCUGGGAGCAUUGGAGGGCAUGCGAUUGGUAGAGACCGUGGAUGAAUGCAAGGCCAAAUGCAAUGCUGAGGCCCGAUGCAAAUGGCACUCAUUUGACCCAUCCACCAAGGUGUGCUCCAUGACAGCCGAUUGUCCAGCCUUGGAUGCCAAGUGCGAAACUUGCAUUGCUUCUGAGCGAGCUUGUGAGACUGGUCAGGUGUCCGUGCCUCGGAACAACAUCUUGAAGGCUGCUCCACAAGAAAAUGCAGUCAAUGGGACCAAAAUGGCGAAUGCCAAAACAAAGAAUUACUAUGAAGAAAAAUAGGCCAACCUGUAGUGAUCAACCUCUUUGAUGAACUUCAAGUCGCAACUGACAUGGUUACUGACCAAACAUAUCAUAAAUACAUUAUUGCCAAAGAAAACCUUCGCGUUAUUGUUGUUACAAAUUUUACUACUCAACCUCUGGCAUUUUGCAGUGUUCUCGCUCUCCUAUUUCAUUAUUUUCGCACCUUCAUAUUAUACUUUCUGAUGAC